UCUCUCUCCCUCCCCGAGAGCCGCCGCUCACUUACUGCCUCCCUUCCUUCUUUCUCCCUCCGCCACCCGAGCACCAGCCGCGCUCUGAGCUGCCCCCGGGGUCCCUCCCCCGCCGCCAGAGGAGCAGCUGCCGCCGCCGCCGCCAGCAGCACAUUAAGAGGGCGGAAGGAAGAAAAGAGGGGAGGAAGGAGAGCUAGAGCGCCUGCCCAGAGGGAGUCGGUGAAUGGGCUUGUGGUGACCCCCGCCCCCCACCCCACCCUCCCUUCCCACCCGACCCCCAACCCCCAUCCCCAGUUGGAGCCGCCGCCCGAGAGCCCGGACCGUCGUCUUAGGAGGAGUCGCCGCCGCCACCUCCGCUAUGGAGCUGAUCACCAUCCUCGAGAAGACCGUAUCUCCGGAUCGGCUGGAGCUGGAAGCGGCGCAGAAGUUCCUGGAGCGUGCGGCUGUAGAAAACCUGCCCACUUUUCUCGUGGAACUGUCCAGAGUGCUGGCAAAUCCAGGAAACAGUCAGGUUGCCAGAGUUGCAGCUGGUCUACAAAUCAAGAACUCUUUGACAUCAAAAGAUCCAGAUAUCAAGGCACAGUAUCAGCAGAGGUGGCUUGCUAUUGAUGCUAAUGCACGACGGGAAGUCAAGAACUAUGUUUUACAGACUUUGGGCACAGAAACUUAUCGGCCUAGCUCUGCCUCACAGUGUGUAGCUGGUAUUGCUUGUGCAGAGAUCCCAGUAAACCAAUGGCCAGAACUCAUUCCUCAGCUGGUGGCCAAUGUCACAAACCCCAACAGCACAGAGCACAUGAAAGAGUCAACAUUGGAAGCUAUUGGGUACAUUUGCCAAGAUAUAGACCCAGAGCAGCUACAGGAUAAAUCCAAUGAGAUUCUGACUGCCAUAAUCCAGGGGAUGAGGAAAGAGGAGCCUAGUAAUAAUGUGAAGCUAGCUGCUACUAAUGCACUCCUGAACUCAUUGGAGUUCACCAAAGCAAACUUUGACAAAGAGUCCGAAAGGCACUUUAUUAUGCAGGUGGUCUGUGAAGCCACACAGUGUCCAGAUACACGGGUACGAGUGGCAGCUUUGCAGAAUCUGGUGAAGAUAAUGUCCUUGUAUUAUCAGUACAUGGAGACGUAUAUGGGCCCUGCUCUUUUUGCAAUCACAAUUGAAGCAAUGAAAAGUGACAUUGAUGAGGUGGCCCUACAAGGGAUAGAAUUCUGGUCCAAUGUCUGUGAUGAGGAAAUGGAUUUGGCCAUUGAAGCUUCAGAGGCAGCAGAACAAGGACGGCCUCCUGAGCACACCAGUAAGUUUUAUGCCAAGGGAGCACUACAAUACCUGGUUCCCAUCCUCACACAGACGCUAACUAAACAGGAUGAAAAUGAUGAUGAUGAUGACUGGAACCCCUGCAAAGCAGCAGGGGUGUGUCUCAUGCUUCUUUCCACCUGCUGUGAAGAUGACAUUGUGCCACAUGUCCUCCCCUUCAUCAAAGAACACAUCAAAAACCCAGAUUGGCGAUACCGGGAUGCAGCAGUGAUGGCUUUUGGGUGUAUCUUGGAAGGACCAGAGCCCAAUCAGCUCAAACCACUGGUUAUACAGGCUAUGCCCACCCUAAUAGAAUUAAUGAAAGACCCCAGUGUAGUUGUUCGAGACACAACUGCAUGGACUGUGGGCAGAAUUUGUGAAUUGCUUCCUGAAGCUGCCAUCAAUGAUGUCUACUUGGCUCCCUUGCUGCAGUGUCUGAUUGAGGGCCUCAGUGCUGAACCCAGAGUGGCUUCAAAUGUAUGCUGGGCAUUUUCCAGUCUGGCUGAAGCUGCUUAUGAAGCUGCAGAUGUAGCUGAUGAUCAAGAAGAACCAGCCACUUAUUGCCUGUCUUCUUCAUUUGAGCUCAUAGUUCAGAAACUCCUGGAAACCACAGACAGACCUGAUGGACACCAGAACAACCUGAGGAGUUCUGCAUAUGAAUCUUUAAUGGAAAUUGUAAAAAACAGUGCCAAGGAUUGUUACCCUGCUGUUCAAAAAACUACUUUGGUCAUCAUGGAACGACUACAGCAGGUGCUUCAGAUGGAGUCACAUAUCCAGAGCACGUCUGAUAGAAUCCAGUUUAAUGACCUUCAGUCUUUACUCUGUGCAACUCUUCAGAAUGUUCUCCGGAAAGUGCAACAUCAAGAUGCUUUGCAGAUAUCUGAUGUGGUCAUGGCCUCCCUGUUAAGGAUGUUCCAAAGCACAGCUGGCUCUGGGGGAGUCCAGGAGGAUGCCCUCAUGGCAGUUAGCACACUGGUGGAAGUGUUGGGUGGUGAAUUCCUCAAGUACAUGGAGGCCUUUAAACCCUUCCUGGGUAUUGGAUUGAAGAAUUAUGCUGAGUACCAGGUUUGUUUGGCAGCUGUGGGCCUAGUGGGAGAUUUGUGCCGUGCCCUGCAAUCCAACAUCUUACCUUUCUGUGAUGAGGUAAUGCAGCUGCUGCUGGAGAACUUGGGGAAUGAGAAUGUCCACAGGUCUGUGAAGCCGCAGAUUCUGUCUGUGUUUGGUGAUAUUGCCCUUGCUAUUGGUGGAGAAUUUAAAAAAUACCUAGAGGUUGUAUUGAAUACUCUUCAGCAGGCCUCCCAAGCCCAAGUGGACAAGUCCGACUACGACAUGGUGGAUUAUCUGAAUGAACUAAGAGAAGGCUGCUUGGAAGCCUAUACUGGAAUCGUCCAGGGCUUAAAGGGAGAUCAGGAGAACGUACACCCGGAUGUGAUGCUGGUACAACCCAGAGUAGAAUUUAUUCUGUCUUUCAUUGACCACAUUGCUGGGGAUGAGGAUCAUACAGAUGGAGUAGUAGCCUGUGCUGCUGGACUGAUAGGGGACUUAUGUACAGCAUUUGGGAAAGAUGUACUGAAAUUAGUAGAAGCUAGGCCAAUGAUCCAUGAACUGUUAACUGAAGGACGGAGAUCGAAGACUAACAAAGCAAAAACCCUUGCUACAUGGGCCACAAAAGAACUGAGAAAACUGAAGAACCAAGCUUGAUCUGUUACCAUUGGGAUGAUAACCUGAGACCCCCACUGGAAAUCUCCAAUCUUUUGAAAAACCCGGAAGUGAGGAGUGUGCACGGAUGCUGAAUGUUUGGGAAUGAGAGGAUGAGUGAGUGAGGCUUGAAAACACACCACAUUGAAAAUCCUGCCACAGCAGCAGCCGCAGCCGCCAACAGCAGCGCUGUUAGUGAGCUAAGUAAGCACUGACUUCGUAGAAAACCAUAACAUCAGCCAUCUUGGAAAAGAGAGAAACGACGGAUUUACUUGCUUACAAAAAAGCUGUCUCUUCCCAGGGGAGGCUAGAACUAGCUUUUCGGUCUUUUGGCAGUGCCGAGUGGAAUGACUGGUUUGGGAGAGGAAGAGGGACUGGGUUCAGCUGUGGUGCUUUGUUGUAAAAGGCAGCCUGGCCUUUGCUACUGAGGAGAAAGAUGGAGCCUGGGUCUCAAGCCCACCUUCGCUGUACCUUUGCCACACGGUAUUUUACACGUGCAGGCUAGAAGGAGGGUGAGGGAUUUUUACAGUCUGAGAAUGAGUGUGUGUGAGUGAGGCGGUAUCCACAUUCUCAACUUCAAGUCAUUGCAGUUUCUUUUUCCCAGAAAACAAGGGGUUAGAUGUUGCAUUUCAUAAAACUAACCGAAGUUCUGUCUACUGAUGCAGCACAAGACAUGUAAAAAAACAAAGAGGAAAAAAAAAAGGAAAGACGCUCUUUAGGUUUUGUUUUGUUGGUUUUUUUUUUUUUUUUUUUAAUUAUUUUAGGGAAAACACUGACGAAUGGUCAGAGCUCCUAUCCUGAUCUUUUCAUCAAGGCGCCUUUCCUAAUAAUAUGGUUCAACUGUGAAUGUAGAAGUGGGGGGGGGGAGGGGGGAGAAAAAUAAAACUCUGAAGUUAGAGGAUAUAGAAAAAUAAAAAUACAAAUUGUUACAAAUAAAGAAUGCAGACUUAAAAGACAAAAAAGCCACAACCCAAACCAAAAUUUAAAUGCUUGAAAUUGGCAGCACAAAAGAAAAGCUCUCUCCUGACUUGUAUCGUGGCAGUCUGAACGCCCCCAGAGAAUUGUGCCAAAGAGUUUAGAAGACAAAUAACCAAUAAAAGUAAACACACAUGUGCGCACACACAUACAAACAUACACAACAGCAGACUUCAGGUAACUAUUUUGGAUUGCAAAUGAGGAUAAAUUUAAUGUUUAAACAAUCUGAUAAAAUAACCAUUUGGAAACUGCUUGGCCUUCUGUUCUCUUUUAUUUGAUUGACUCCAAUGCGGUAUUGGUCUCUUGCUGCACUUCAAAACCAACUAACCAACAAAACAAAAGUGUGUGUGUCUAUAUGUAUGUGUAGACACACACACAGCAGAACUCAUGAUGAAAGUGGCACUUGAAAAUGGUUAUAUUUUUCCACUGAAGUUUGAAGAUUAAUAAAAUGGUGUCAAACACUC